AUGGACUUGGAAACAGACACGACCCUCAAGCCAACUGAUCAAAGCAUCCAGGAUGCACACGACCUCGCGGCCUUUGGCCAUGACCAGAUCCUUGACCGCAAGUUCAACAUCUGGAGUAUGCUCGCCCUUGCCUUUUGCGUGCUGGGAACAUGGUCCACUUUUGCACAAGAUCUGUCCGACGGCCUCAUCAACGGCGGUCCAAUUUCUAUUCUAUGGGGUCUGGCUUUGGUGACAUUCUGCAACACCUGCGUUGCCAUCUCCCUGGGAGAAAUCUGCAGUAGUAUGCCAACGGCAUUAGGCCAGGCGUAUUGGAUAUACCGUCUGUGGGACUCGCGUUGGGGACGCUUUGUUUCCUACAUCUGUGCCUGGAUCAAUGUCUUUGGCUGGUGGACGCUCGCUGCCUCGCAGGUGGCGUUCAUGACGAAUUUCAUUCUGGGGAUGAAAGUCAUGUUUGAUGUCGAAUGGACCGGAGCACAGCAGGGAUGGCUGGAGUUUUGCGUUUAUCUCGGAGCGGUAUUCAUCCUGACACUGAUCAAUGUCGUCGGAUGCCGGAGAGAGAAGUUCCUGCCGUGGCUGAACAACUUUGUGGGCGUGUGGUUCUUUGGUUUGUUCUUUGUGUUUUCUCUGGCACUGCUCAUUUCUGUCGGUGUCAGAACUGGCCUCUCGUUCCAACCUCCUUCCUUUGUGUUCGGACAGUGGGUGAAUCAGACGAGGUGGCCGGAUGGGGUCGUGUGGUUUAUUGGUCUUGUGCAGGCCGCCUAUGGGUUGACUGCCUUCGACGCUGUGAUCCACCUGGUGGAGGAAAUCCCUGCGCCGCGGAAAAAUGCCCCCAAGGUCAUCUAUUUGGCCGUCCUCUCCGGCGCCACCAGUGGCUUUAUUCUGAUGAUGGUGUGCCUGUUCUGCAUUCAGCGAGUCAAGAAAGUGAUCGAUGCCCCGAGCGGACUGCCAUUUAUGGAGCUCGUUCAAGACACCGUGGGUCAGAAUGGGGGUGUUGUGUUGAUUGCGCUGUUCAUCCUCAACGGCCUCGGCCAAGGCGUCAGUAUCGUGACGACCGCAUCCCGCCUCACCUGGGGCUUUGCGCGCGAUGGCGGCUUGCCGUUCAGCCUAUAUUUGUCCCACGUCAGUUCAGAGUGGAAGGCGCCUGUCCGCGCAUUGUGGUUCCAGGGCGUUCUGAUUGCCUUGGUGGGAGUGUUGUUUCUUUUUGCCGAGACCGUCCUGAACGCUAUACUGAGCGUGAGCACUAUUGCUCUCACAAUUUCUUACGGCAUACCCAUUUUCACCGUUCUGAUGGUGGGACGCGAUAAACUACCGCCCGGGGGCCAGUUUCACCUUGGAAAGCUGGGGACCCCCGCGAAUUGGGUCAGUGUCGUCUAUUGCUGCGUGACGACGGUCUUCUUUUUCUUUCCCAGCUCUCCAAAUCCUUCGGGCUCUGGCAUGAAUUAUGCCAUUGCUGUUUUUGGUGUCAUGCUUUCGAUUGCGCUGUCUUUCUGGUUUAUUCAGGGCAGUCGCACUUAUCUGAAUACUGAAGAGUCGAUGGCACAGGUCAUCCAGGCUCAGGGAGUGAGAAGUGAGCCACCGCCUCCGGAGCCGAAAAAAGAUGACAGAUGA